CAUUUUAAAUCAGAAACGCACUUCGCUGGCUCCUCCAGCCUCAAAGGCAAAGCAAGUGAAGAUCGUUUAUUUUGGUUUGCCUCCCAUUGUGUACUUUUCUAAAGAUAACGCUGUUAAAUUCCUCUACCGUGCAGAUGAACCCUCGGCCAGCAUAUUGACCCGAUCCAGGGGGCCUCUGAGGAAAACUAGAAGCGUUCCAGUUCCACGUUUUCAAAGAGAUCCUUCCUUGACACCAGGAGGAAGUGAAAAGCUUCCAGUCUCUGCUCAUGACCACUGUACAACCGAGAGCAUCAGAGUGUACCAAGGAAAGAGAGACGAAAUAAACACUGUUGCAGAGGAGAAGACCUGUGGAUCUUUAGUGUUAUUCUGGAGGUGUCCUAUUCCAGGAAUGAGGGCCGAAGCCUGGCAGCUCCCCAGAUGAGUGAGUUGGGGAGAGUUUCUGGCUGUUAGCUCCCUGAUUAGCGCUUGGUCCCCGUGUCUGGAGCGGGGUUGCCAGUGUUGUUCCCGGGGUAGUGUCAGCGCCCCUCUCCCUGCCCUGUGCCGGUCUCCGGGUGCAGCGGGCGCCCGCGUCCCUCGCCUCGCGCCCUCUCAGCGGCUCCUUCGCUGCUGUCUCUCCCGGCAAGAUGGCGGACCUGGAGGCAGUGCUGGCUGAUGUGAGCUAUUUAAUGGCGAUGGAGAAAAGCAAAUCGACUCCAGCUGCCAGAGCCAGCAAGAAAAUUGUACUUCCAGAGCCCAGUAUACGCAGUGUUAUGCAAAAAUACUUGGAGGAAAGAGAUGAAUUGACCUUUGAGAAGAUCUUCAACCAGAAAAUUGGAUUCUUGCUGUUUAAAGAUUUUUGUCUGAAUGAAAUCGAUGAAGCUGUUCCCCAGCUGAAGUUUUAUGAGGAGAUUAAAGACUAUGAAAAGUUGGACUCUGAAGAAGAUCGUUUAUGUAGGAGUCGACAGAUUUAUGAUAAAUAUAUAAUGAAAGAAUUGUUGUCCUGUUCACACGCUUUCUCCAAGCGAGCAGUGGACCAUGUACAAACUCAUUUGGCCAAGAAGCAAGUGCCACCCAGUCUCUUCCAGCCAUACAUUGAAGAGAUCUGUGACAGUCUACGGGGAAAAAUGUUCCAGAAGUUUAUAGAGAGUGACAGAUUCACUCGGUUCUGCCAAUGGAAAAAUGUGGAACUAAACAUUCAUCUAACAAUGAAUGACUUCAGUGUGCAUCGAAUAAUUGGAAGGGGAGGAUUCGGAGAAGUAUAUGGAUGUAGGAAAGCUGAUACUGGAAAAAUGUAUGCCAUGAAAUGCUUGGAUAAAAAGCGAAUCAAGAUGAAACAGGGAGAAACAUUAGCCCUUAAUGAACGAAUCAUGUUGUCCCUGGUCAGCACUGGGGAUUGCCCCUUUAUCGUCUGUAUGACCUAUGCUUUCCAUACACCGGACAAGCUGUGCUUUAUUCUUGAUCUGAUGAACGGUGGAGAUCUGCAUUAUCAUCUUUCACAGCAUGGAGUGUUCUCCGAGAAGGAGAUGAGAUUCUAUGCUGCAGAGAUUAUGCUGGGCCUGGAACAUAUGCACAAUAGAUUUGUAGUCUACAGAGACUUGAAGCCAGCAAAUAUUCUACUGGAUGAACAUGGUCACGUGAGGAUAUCAGAUCUUGGGCUUGCCUGUGAUUUCUCAAAAAAGAAGCCCCACGCCAGCGUUGGGACACAUGGAUACAUGGCUCCAGAGGUGUUGCAGAAAGGUACAGCAUAUGACAGCAGUGCAGAUUGGUUCUCUCUGGGCUGCAUGCUUUUCAAGUUACUUCGAGGACACAGUCCUUUCCGGCAGCACAAGACGAAAGAUAAGCACGAGAUUGAUCGCAUGACGCUCACAAUGAAUGUGGAAUUACCAGAUUAUUUCUCUGUGGAGUUGAAGUCUCUUUUGGAAGGUCUGUUACAGCGAGAUGUUGCCAAGAGACUGGGAUGCCUAGGACGAGGUGCUGUGGAAGUGAAAGAACAUCCUUUUUUUAAAGGGAUUGAUUGGCAACAAGUCUACUUGCAGAAGUAUGUGCCUCCACUUAUUCCUCCCCGGGGAGAGGUGAAUGCAGCUGAUGCAUUUGAUAUAGGAUCAUUUGAUGAAGAAGACACAAAGGGCAUUAAGCUGUUGGAUAGUGAUCAGGAGCUCUAUAAAAACUUUCCUCUGGUGAUAUCGGAACGCUGGCAACAGGAGGUGGCGGAAACUGUGUACGAUGCGGUCAAUAGUGACACUGAUAAAAACGAGAUCAGAAAGAGAGCAAAGAAUAAGAUGCUUGGUCACGAGGAAGAUUAUGCCCUGGGGAAAGACUGCAUCAUGCAUGGUUAUAUGCUGAAAUUAGGAAACCCUUUCCUGACACAGUGGCAACGUCGUUAUUUCUAUCUUUUUCCAAAUCGGCUGGAAUGGAGAGGAGAAGGCGAGUCACGGCAAAGCCUGCUGACAAUGGAGCAGAUAGUUUCAGUGGAAGAGACUCAGAUUAAAGAUAAAAAAUGUAUCCUGCUGCGGUUUAAGGGAGGAAAGCAAUUUGUAUUGCAGUGUGAGAGUGAUCCAGAGUUUAUCCAAUGGAAGAAAGAAUUAACGGAAGCUUUCAAUGAAGCUCAGAGGGUGCUGCGGAGAGCCCCUAAGGUGCUGAACAAGUCACGUUCAGCAGUGGUAGAGCUGACCAAACCCCCUCUCAGCCACAGGAACAGCAACGGGCUUUAGUAGAGAGCACUUGUGUGUGAGUGGGGGAAGAGAAACAAGAGACCAGAGGAUGGUUUUGUGCAACUACUUCUAUAUCACCUCGUACGUGGUUCAGCGUGUUGUUAUUAGUUAAUUAUAUGAUCCCACAAAACAGGGUAUAUAUAUAUGUAUAGAUAUGUAUAUCUAUAUCUAUAUAUAUGCAUACGUGUAUGUAUAUAUGAAUGUAAGACUUUCAGAGCAGUUUGGCUGUUUAUUUUCUAUUGGAAGUAUUGAUGAACGAGUGUAGCACCUGUUAAAUGCAACCACAGUGAUCGCCGUGGUUAAUGAGCCAACUCCACAGGAAAGGACUGGAGGAUGUUGCCAAAUAAUUUUGGAGAAUUUAUUUUGUCAUGCGUCAUUGCGCCCUGGUGGUGUUCUUUGCUUCAUAUCGGAGGGUCGAAGGAACUUUCACGUACAAAGCAAGUGGCUGACUGGACCCGUGUUUCAGUCACUGAUUCACUCAACAUUAUUUUGCUCCUGGACUCCAACAUAUCCCAAAAGACAUGGACACAUAUCGGUGGCUCAUCCGUCGACAUGGUUUUCCUGCUAUCAAAAUGUCAAUUGGUGAUAUCUUCUGUCACCGUUGCACUAUGUGCCAAUCAUCAUCUGUCCUGGGUUUAUCUCAGUGUUUCAGACUCAGUGUCUUGCCACAUAUCUCUACCAGCUACUUCUUUUCAUAUGUACCCAAUAUUGGGUGAUUGUAGACAUGUUGGAAGAUGGAUUGUUUUAUCUCCAUGGUAACCAGGUGCCAAUUCAUUUCUUGGUUUCUGGAGCAGUUACAUUUGAUCCUUGUUACACAGACUGUGAAAAACAAUGGUGCGUUGGUGCUUAAUUCCCUCCACCCUGUCUCAUAUCCCUGCUGAUUGCAAUGUUUCUAUGAAAGACGAGAAAAUGAUUGCGACCAUACUGGAUUACCAGGGUUUCCAAUGUGUUAAUAUCGCUAUCUCUCAGCAGUUGUUAAGUUUUCAUGGCUACUUGGAUGUUGCUUUGUGGCCUGUUUUAUUGAUAGGAUUUCACUGGUUGCUAGAUAUCAAUACUGUCACAUUUCAUUGUCAAGUUUCCAUGGAUAACGAAUUACAGUAUAUGGCUCAGUGUGUUUUGCGAAGUGUCUAUGGUUACAAGAUAUAUAACUAUAGUUACUGAUUCAUGACUCAUUGUGCUUCUGUGAUGUCAGGUUCCAGCCAUAGACUAUUCUGCUAUUGUUGGCAAUUUUCUGUUACUAUACUUAAUUGGAUGCUGAUGAACAGAUCUAGUUUGUUCCUGGUUUCCCUGAACUUCGAUAUUGGUCCAGAAUUACUGGACUCCAUCCGUCAUUAAUUACUUGUGAUAGUCUGAAGGAUUUUGAAACCAUUGCGUUGAUGGGACAUUGCCCCAACCUCCAACCUGAAUCCUUUACUUCAGUGCAAUAAAAAUAUUUAGGAAUUCCUGAAUUCUACAGUACUUCUGAUCCACAUAGCACAUGAUUUGUUUUGUAAAGUCUUUGCCCCAUUCCCACCAUGAAGUGCAAAGUGCCAAUGGACUUUACAAAUUAAGGAAAAUUUAAAAGUGAUUUAAGAGAAAGUAAAAUAUUUAUCAUAGGUAUUUCUGUGCAAGUGUACAUAAUGUUAAAAAACUAAUAUACCAAGAAUUUGUGAUAACAAUGAGAAAAUCAGAAAAUGGUGAUUACAUAGCAUGAGUUGCUUUAUCAACAUGUCUUCGAUGAACAGUGACAAUGUAUUAUUGCAUCUUAAUAAUUGAUCAGUUGCAACAAGGGUCAGCUAUUAAUCCGAAUUUAGGGAGCAACAUCAACGCUGAAUUUUUAUUAUUUUAUGUUGUAUUUUGAUUUAGUUACAGUACCACUAAAAUGUUUAAACCUCAUAUUUUGGCUGUAAAAAAUACAAAAGUGAUGAGUAUAGUAUUUUCUGGUUAUAUUUUUGUUUAGGACUACUACAUUUAAUGUGUACUGAAAAAUAAUAAUAACAAGGACGGAUUUGGCUCAAAAUGUACCACAGCUAUUGCCAUAGCCUAUUGCUGUAAUAGAAGGAGAAACAAAAUCGUUUGAAAGUGUCAGGACUGAGGUCAUAACAAUGAGUUCAGUUCCAUUUGGAAUUACGUCAUUGGCUUCUCUUGGAUUUGUCAGAAGGGCUGUGUUAUAUUUGGAUGCAUUGUUGAACCUAAAUAUGGUUUAGGUUGCCUGAUAUGAGUUAAGCUAAUUGUUCGAUUGAUUCUGAGACCGAUAACAUGAAAGGAAGUUCUGGAAAUAUUUUCCGCCCUUCAGAAACGUAAUGCCCCAUUUAAUGGGUUGUUUCUCUUCCUACUAUCCUGUUUCCUCUUUUCUACACCCUGCUAUAUCCCUUGAAAGGAAAUUUAAACAUGCUUGCUCCAUUUCACAGUGCCUCUGGAAAUGUUCGUACCCAAUUAUUCAGACAGGUAAUUAAUUAAUUUUCUCAGUAUGAAAAUACCUUAAGACUUUUUAUGUAAUAUCAUGUUUGAACCUCAUAAAGAAGAUAUUGGUGCAAAUAAUUUGUUUCUUAAAGAGAGAUACACACUGGGUCUCCUUACGAGAAAGUACAGUACUAUAUGUAAAUACAAAAUUAUGUUCGCUGAUUCAAGCAAUUAUUGUUCCCGCAUUUUAUUUUGUUGCAGAAGCUAUAAAUAAUAAUGCACUUAGUUUUAUUUUAGCUUCAAAAAUUAUUUAUGUAUUCUGGAUAUUGACCGUUAUCAGAGGAUGUGGGAUUGAUGCAGGAAAGUGAUGUUGAAUUAAAGAAAGAUCAAACAUG